AUGGGAGCCCUGCACGAAGGCCAUCUGUCCCUAAUUCGAAUGGCAGCCGCCGAGAACCACCGCGUCGUUGUCAGCGUAUACGUCAACCCAACCCAAUUUGGUGUACAUGAAGACCUAGACAGCUAUCCCAAGACGUGGGAAACGGAUUGUGGUAUGCUGAAGGAUCUUGAUAAGGAGCUCGCUGAGGAUGGGAACAACCUUGGAGGCAUUGCUGCCGUGUUUGCGCCUACCACAGACACCAUGUAUCCCAGCGGCAGGCCAGAUCAGGCGGUCAAUGCCAAAGGGAGCUUUGUGACAAUUACACCUGUUGGAGAAGUCUUGGAAGGCGCAAGUCGGCCUACGUUCUUCCGAGGAGUGGCUACAGUGUGUAUGAAGUUGUUCAAUAUCGUAAUGCCAGAAAAGGUCUAUUUUGGACAGAAGGAUGUACAACAGACAGUGGUGAUCAAGAAGAUGGUCAAAGACUUUUGUAUGAAUACGGAGGUGGUUGUUGGUGAUACCCAGAGGGCGCCAGAUGGAUUGGCGCUGAGUUCCAGGAAUGUUUAUUUAGGUACAAGAAGACGGAAAGUUGCGACGGUUCUGUCAAAAAUCUUGAGGGUGGCGGAGAUGAGUUACCUACGAGAACACCGUUUGCGGGAUGAGCUUCUGGGGCCUGCUGAACAAUUGACGAAGCUCCUAUUAAUGGAGCAGCACCAGUUGCCGCCAGAAGAACGGGUGAACUUUGAGAUCGAUUACAUCUCCUUGGCAGAUCCGGAAACGAUGCAGGAAUUGGAUGAAGUCGAUGAGACGAGAGGGGCAAUUAUCAGUGGGGCCGUGAAGAUGCUACCGGUCGAAGUUCCGCAGCCCGGAGAAGAUCUGGGGUUGUCAGAUGGGCCGCCAGUAAGGUUGAUUGACAACAUCAUCCUGAAGCCCGUGAAGUUAUAG